UAGGUAGUUCACCGUAUUUCGGUUUUACACGAUAACGUUUAAAGUUUAAUAUAAAUACAACGAAAAACCAAAAGACUUCUUCAUCCGAUAAGUUGGAACUUAGUUUAACAAUCUAUUCGAAUUGGUUUGGUUUCGUAAGCACGAUUAAAAUCGUUUUAAGAAAAAAUGAAUCAAUUUUGUGUUUUGAUGACAUUAGUCUUUGGACAUGUUUUGGCAUUAUCAGAAAAUGACUUUAAACGGCACGUAAACCAUACAAACAGUAUCCUCAAACAAUUAAACGGAGAUCCAAUAACAUCAAUUAUUACAUAUUUUAUGUGGGAUUCUAUUGAUAUCGAGAGGGUGACUUCGAUUUUUGCCGCGCCAACGUCUGUCUACAAGGACGGAGAAAUUAAUUAUCCAGAUAGUCUGGUAGCUGACGAGGAACAUAUACGGCGCAGUAUGAGUACUUAUGGGAUACAACCUGGUGAUCUGAACAUAAACUUGAAUCAGCUUACUUUGUCAGGUAUGGGGGAGGACAGAAGAAAUAAAAUUAAGGGAACUGUAUCACGUUUAGUCGAGGAAGUCGAAAGUGAUCCAAAAACCGCGCAUUUUGAUGUUCGGGAGAGAUGUCGUUUAAUAGCGUUGUUGGUAAAUGUAACACAACCAGACAUACACAUAUUUUAUAGCAGACCCGACGAAGUCAACGGUAACGAUGAUUGUCGUCUUAAAUAUAAAAAAUCUGACGACAAGAAUCAGGAACGGGUCAUCGUGUACAGAAUGUGGGAGGAUGAUAACUGCUACUACGAAGUAGAUGGCCAAAAUGGAAAAGGCAAAAAACUCACCCAGAGGCCGAUUGGCAAGGGAUGGCGAAAAAUGUGGGACCAAAAAUGUUCCUGCUCAUAUUUAUAAAGAGACUUGCAGAUAUACACAUUCCUUAAAAUUGCUAUUUACAAUUUACAUAAUAUAUUGU